GACCUGCAAACUAAAGAAAGAAAUUACCGUUAAACGAAAGUAAGAACUAACAUCUCGUUCACCGCUUGUACUUUGGAUGAUGAUGAGGUGAGUGUGUAACGAGAAGGUAGGGUAGGGUGCAGAUUGCAGAGGAUUGGGAAUUUUGAAUUUGAACAACAAUCCGAGCUUGCUUGUUUCCUCGUUCUGUUCUGAGCUCUAAUGGAAGCACUAUCCCUUCCCAUAAACACUCUCACCAAUUCCUCUGCCAAACAACACAUUUAUCUGAGUGCUUCUUCCAAUUAUGCCUCACUCUCUUCUUCCUUACAACUCAAUCCUUCUCUCCCAACCAGACCCCUCACUCUGAGGAAAAGCGCGGUUCGAGUCCAAGCCGAGAAUGAGGAUUUUGAAUUGAAGCAAAUGAGGGACAUGGCUGCUGCCAGAAAGAGAUGGGAAGCUCUGAUAAGAGAUGGAAAAAUUAAAGUUCUUACUCCUAGGGAAGCUGGGUAUGCAGUUCAGCUUUCAAACAAGCCCCUUCUUGAUGUCCGUCCCUCAAAUGAACACAAAAAGGCAUGGGUGAGAGCUUCAACCUGGAUUCCAAUAUUUGAUGUUGAUAAUAAGCUAGAUUUUGGAACCAUUCCCAGAAAAGUCACAAGCUUUGUUAUGGGAGGUUGGUGGAGUGGCAUGCCUACACUGUCUUAUGACAGUCAGUUCUUAGCCAAAGUUGAGGAGAAGUUCCCCAAAGAUGCUGAAUUAAUUGUUGUAUGCCAGAAGGGACUGAGAUCACUUGCUGCCUGUGAACUGCUGUAUAAUGCUGGCUAUAAAAAUCUGUUUUGGGUUCAAGGAGGAUAUGAAGCUGCUGAAGAAGAGGAUCUCAUUGUAGAGGGCCCAAUGCCUCUCAAGUUUGCUGGAAUUGGUGGCGUUUCAGAAUUCCUUGGUUGGACUGAUCAACAAAGAGCAGCUGCAGCCAAGGAAGGUUGGGGAUAUAGAUUAGUGUUUUCUGCACGCCUGAUUGGACUCAUUCUCGUUGUUGAUGCACUAUAUAUUGGUGCUCAGCAAAUUGGGCGCUAUCUUCAGGAUAUCAGGACCCAUUGAGGUAAGUUUUCGGUUAAUCCUCAUGGAGACAAUAUUCCUUGCGGAUAAGCAUAUACAGACAGCAGGCUAAGGAACUCAAUUUUGGAAGCUGACCCUUGGCAGAGGCUUUCCGAGAUUGUCAUAAUUGCCCCAUCUUAUUUCACUACUGGAUUAUAAUUGCAAAUAGUUAGGCAGCCAUUUUAAUGUAGGUUUCUUCCAUGUAGCUAUGUACUAAUACCUUGUUUGGCCAAAAUGCUUGUGUUUUUUCUUUGAAGUUUCCAUAACAAAAAAUUCAAUAGUGUCAUAUUACUGCUCCAUUAAUGUUACUGUUAUGGUUAUGUGUAUGUAUUGUAACUGGCCAUGCAUUGUAUGAUAUACUAACUAGAUUAAUUCUGAAUCCUGGUUACAUUGCUGCAGAAGCCUUCUGGCCACAGUGACUGUUUAUUAAUGUACUGUGUGUUUGUGUA